AUGCGCUCUUCCACUCGUUUCGCUGUUGCGCUUCAGCUUUUGGGCAUAUCGACCGCUCUCCCUAGCAACAACCCGGUUGAGAUCGAGACCAGGGCUUCGGAUACAUACGACUGUGUAGUUGUAGGAGGGGGAGUCACUGGAUUGAUCGUCGCAAACCGCUUGACCGAAGACGCAAAGAACUCUGUACUCGUUAUAGAAGCAGGUGGCGCAUAUGACAAUCCGAACAUUCGUUUGCCAUAUGGCGCGACUUACGCGUUGAACACAUCACUCCUGUGGACUGGCUAUGUCUCUCAGCCUGAGCCGGCCCUCAAUAACAAAACAUGGAACACUCGUGUUGCCCAGGUACUGGGAGGUGGAUCUGUUGUCAAUGGAAUGAUGUACGAUCGUGGCUCUGCUGCUGACUUCGAUGCAUGGGAAGCGUUGGGUAAUAAGGGCUGGGGCUGGAGCGGCAUUUACCCCUUCUUCAAGAAAGGCACUGAGUUCAUUCCUCCCCCGCAGGAGCUUGUCGACGAGUUCAACAUUACCUGGGACCCUUCGGCGUAUGGCGCUGGUCCUUUGAAGCUUGGUAUCGCCGACUUCCAGUAUCCAGAUAUCAAGAGUUACUGGGCAGCUUUUGAGGGUGAGGGUGUACGUAGGCUUGUCGAUGGUAACAACGGCGACAAUGCUGGCGCAUCGUGGUACCCCAACACCAUGAACCCUAAGACUGGAGAGAGGCAACAUGCUCGUCUUGCCUACUACGAUACAGUUGCCAGUCGCUCAAAUCUCCACGUUCUCCUUGAAAAUGUCGCGACGGAGCUUGUAUUUGAUACCAAUAGCAGCAAGAAGCUUGUUGCUCGUGGAGUCAAGGUCACUGACAAAAAGACGGGUACCACCAAGACUGUUUACGCUAAGAGGGAACUCGUCCUCGCAGCUGGCACCGUGAACACCCCAAAGCUGCUUCAACUUAGCGGUAUUGGCCCGAAGGCUACCCUUGAGGCUGCAGGAAUUAAAGUCAAGCUUGAGCACGAUGGCGUUGGAUCCAACUUUCAAGAUCACCCUUACACUUCUAUGGGCUUCACCAUCUCCAACAUGAGUACGCCUGAUCCGACAUCCUUGUCCAAAGAUCCCGCGUUCAAUGCAUCCGCUUGGGCAGAAUACAAUGGUAACAAGACCGGACCCUUGACUCAAGCCCGCGGAAACGCUCUCGCUUUUAUCUCUCUUCCCCAAGUCGCACCAGCCAGCUAUGCCAACAUCUCUACCCAAGUUACCGCCCAAGCAAACGAUGCCUACCUUCCUGCCGUCUACAAGGGCAGCAAGAAGCUUCUCGCAGGUAUUGCCGCCCAACGCAAAAUUCUCGCUGGCCUCUACUCCAAUACAAAAGCAGGUAUCGUCGAGCUUGGCAUUCCUGCCGCAGGUAGCGGUGUUCUUGUUGCAUUCCAAAAGCCCCUGUCUCGCGGCACCAUUUCCAUCAAUGCGACGGACCCACAAGGCGCACCUCUGAUCCAUUACAAUGCCAUGACGAACCCUCUCGACAGGUCCAUGCUCGCAGCAUGUGUGCGUUACGUACGCCAAAUUUGGGCACGCCCUGAAAUCGCGAAGUUUAACCCUGUUGAGACGAGCCCUGGUGCGCAGUACCAGACCGAUGCGGAGAUCAUCGACCGCUCGAUUGAGCUCGGGUCUAUCUGGCCGACACUGAGUCACCCCAUUGGUACCUGUCCCAUGAUGCCUGAGGCUCUUGGAGGCUGUGUGUCCGACGGGCUAUUGUUUUACGGGGUCGAGAAGCUGUCCAUUGUUGAUGCUUCGAUUAUUCCGCUCGUGCCUUCGCAGCAUAUUCAGUCGACAAUGUACGCUAUUGGCGAGAAGGCUGGACACAUUAUUAGCAAUAGGCAUUGA